AUGUUUCUCCGAAGCAGUCGUUUCAUUCAGCUGAUUGUUUGCCUGAACUUGAUAAACAAUAUUAUAUCUAAGGUGGAGUUUACCAACAUUAAAUGCAAUUCCCUGGACACGGAUUUUGCAAAUUUUGAGUAUUGCUUUUUGAAAUCUGUGAAUCGCCAUUAUAAGUACCUAUCCCUAAAGGUUAAUAUUGAGUUGCAGAAACGAUAUAGUGUCUAUAGGACCUUUCUCUACAAUGUCACUGUGGACGCCUGUCGAUUUCUGAAAAAUCCACAAUCGAACCCAAUCGGAAUUUACUUGUAUGGAUUCUUCAGGGAUUAUUCCAAUAUGAACCACACUUGCCCCUUUAAUCACGAUCUUAUAGUUGAUAAAUUGCCGGUCAAUUUUACCAACCGACAUGUAACAGAAGUAUUGCCCUUCCCCACAGGUGAUUACCUUUUUCGAUCGAACUGGAUAGCUUAUGAUAUUAACCGAGCUCGAGUCGACGUAUAUUUUACACUUUCUUAA